CGCUGACGACGCCGACCACAUCCCAGUCUGGUCCGCUCCAUCCCCUCCACCCUGUCGCAGAGGCUCCGACACGUCGCCAGCGAUUGAGACUUGAGUCCGCGUCGUCGCAACGCACACGGGAUCCCAACCAUCCCACACACAGCAGCGGCAGCACACGAUUGCAACACAGGACACACCGACCGUGGCCCAGAACCAGUCGCGGCCGAUUGACGACAUUGGAUAUACGAAAUAAAAGCCCCCGAACAAACAAAGACCCUCCUCCCUCCAGCCAGCUCCAGCUCGGCAACCACAGUCCGACGACCCAACCGGCCCAACCGAACGAACCAACCUAUCCCCUCCCGGGCGACCCCCCGUUCCGGGCGCUCCGUCAAGAUGCCGGCCGCUGGGCUCAAGACCAUAAUAGCGCUCUCCUUCGUGCUCGCCGUCGGGUUCCUGCUCGUCAUCCUCUCGUGCGCGCUCUGGAAGGUCUACUACCCGCUCCUGGUCGUCGCCACCUACGUCCUGGCCCCCGUGCCCAACUGGAUAUGCGGCCACUGCGCCAACCCGGACGAAUUUGUCGAGAGCUCGGGCGCCGCCGUCCUUGACCUGGGCAGGUUCUGCACCGGCUUCCUGGUCGUCAUGGGCAUAGCUCUCCCUGUCGUCCUUGCAGAUUCGGGCAUGAUCAGCGCAGGCGCCCUCGUCAUGUCCGUCGCCGGUGGCCUCCUUAUCUACGGCACUGUCAUUAGCUUCGGCAUGUUCUUCACCGAGGAGCAGGAGUUCUAAGAGGUCUCGAUGGCCGCUCAGGUGCACGCUAUCAGCAGAAUCUAGGUCGGGGAAUAGCCGACCGAGUCUGGUCGCUUCCAACAAGAGCAGCCGUUCCACUGAAACGUGGUUCAAAGCUCACAUCAUAACAAUGACCGACCCGCAUAUUCCUCCGUACAAGGACAAGCGGGAGUGGUCGCUUCAUGUUUUCAAUAGUCUGUAUAUCAUAUCAUCAUCACUAUCCACUACGGAGCCUUCCUUUUUCUUCUUGGCUUUUUUUUUUAGCCUCUGUUAACGUCGGCGUGGCUGCAGGGAAUUGGGGAUGUAUGGGCAGUUAAGCUUGUCUAUUUUAUGAUUUCAUUGAUGUCCCUAAUGACCUCUGUCCCAUGAUGCUCCAGUUGAAUGUGGGUGAGCAACAGUCUAUAUAAAGGCAAGGCAACGCUGGUUGUUGAAUCCGCCUAGUUAUGCAC